AUGAAUGAAUAUGAAGAAGAUUUUAAUAAAAUCUAUUUUUUCAAAAUACAAGAUGAGUUGUUUCUUCCUCGCCAAGUAUUUGAAUCUCCAAAGUGGUGUAUACCAGAAUUACAAUCAAAAAAGACUGAAUUAAAUAUGAUAAAAGGACGUCUAGGAAAGUAUAAACUGAAAGUAUGGUCUAAACACACUGCUCAUAGAGACCGAGCUGGUUUUGUCAUGAAAAAAUUGGCUGAAAAAAUUAAACCUGAACUUCUGACUCAAGCAUGGUGCAAAUUUUAUGAAAUCUUGGCACAUUUUCCUGUAAUUCCACUUUGUGCCGUGAGUAAUAAAAAGCUUGAAAGUCUGCAUUUAUGUGAAGCUCCUGGGGCAUUUGUUUGUGCAUUAAAUCACUAUCUGACGCUGAACUAUCCAGGUUUGGAAUGGGCCUGGAAAGCCAAUACACUAAACCCAAAUUAUGAAGGUAACGAAUUAAAGGAAAUGAUACCUGAUGAUCGGUUUAUUAGACAUACAUUAAAGAACUGGAUAUUUGGUGCUGAUUUUUCCGGAGAUAUAACUAAAACUUAUAACCAUGAAUAUUUAGUUAACUUCGUCCAACAUACAAAAGUAUCCCUAAUUACUGCAGAUGGAAGUGUGGACUGUAUGAGUGAUCCUGGGGAACAAGAACGUCAUGUCGAAAGAUUGCACUUUUGUGAAACUAUAACAGCAUUGAGGGUUUUACAAACAGGAGGAACUUACGUUUUGAAAAUUUUUACCAUGUUUGAGGAAAGUACGCUGAACUUAUUAUUUCUUUUAAAUUGUUCGUUUGAUAAAGUAGCACUAUUUAAACCCUGUACAUCAAAAAGUGGAAACUCUGAAGUAUACGUUAUUUGUACCAAAUAUAAGGGAUUUAGCGUUAUUGAUCAUUUGUGGACAGGUUUAUGGGGUGCUUAUGAAGAUAUUGACAUAUUUAAUUCAAACUCUAUGUUCUUGUUAACUCAUCUACCGGACAGUUUUUUAGCCGAAAUAUAUAAAUGUUCAGAUUUUUUUAUGACAAAACAAGCAGAUACUAUAAUGGAUAAUAUUUAUCAUUUUGAUCGAAGGAUUCAGGAUAAUAUUUUUAUUACCAAAUCAUUUGUAGCUCAAGUUUAUUUGGCUAGACAUGAGAUCAAACCUAUACCAGAAAGUUCUAAAAUAGUACCAAAUAUAUGUGUUUCUGAGUUAUGGAGAGUCCAUUCAACUAAGAACUCAAGGCACUUUUUUAAUACAAAUUUGCCAAACGUUAUACGUAAUAAAAAAAUUUCCAAUAGUUUGGAUAUCAUUAUUGGUAAAGAGAUACAAACUGUAUAUAAUUCCAAAUUUACUGACAACGACAAUCUCAGAAAAAUUCAAACUAUGUGUGCAAAUAAUAAAAGUACGUCCGAUUUUUAUCAAUAUGUUUUGAAGGUGCUGCAAAAAAAUAACAUUGUUAUAAACGUUAAAGAAUUUGAUGUUACUAUAUUCUCAAAAUUCCAAAAAGAAUUGUUUCUCAAAAUAUCUUCCGUUAUAGGGGUCGAUAAGAAUUUAAUACUAAUUAAUAUUCCCUUUGUAACGCAUUUUCUUGUAGGAUUACUAUAUUUAUUAAUAUUUUUUUACGAUAAAGUUUAUAUUGGGAGUGGUGUUGUAUAUCUAUAUCAACCAAAAUCUAGUGUGUUCAAAAGUAUACAAAGUAUUUUUAACAGUAUUACAGAAAAGUACAAACUUACAACUGAAUCGAAUGGCCAGUUUGCCCAGGAUAUUGUUCACAUUGUUUCGCCUAGUGUGUUUGAAACUGGGUCUUUUAUUGAGACAAUCUGGAAUUAUAAUAAGUAUUUAUUUUGCGAGGACAAAUGUUUUACUAGUCCUUAUACAUAUCACUUACAAUGA